AUGAAAUUCGCUAAAUCCUUUCUUAUAGCAGCAGCGAGCCUCUCCGUGCUCGCAGAAGCCAAUGUACCUGACCUCCAAACCCCCCUCAUUGACCCGGGCAACAAGACCGCCAAACAACCCAAUAUCCUCUUCAUUAUCUCCGACGACCAGGAUCUGGCAUUGGGGUCUACGGAUUAUACACCGUUGACGAAAAAGUAUAUUAAAGAGAAGGGGACCUUUUUUCGGAAUCAUUUUGUCACAACGGCGUUGUGUUGUCCGUCAAGAGUUAGUUUGUGGACGGGAAGACAGGCGCAUAAUACUAAUGUGACGGAUGUGCGACCGCCGUAUGGCGGGUAUCCGAAGUUCGUGGAGCGCGGAUUCAAUGAUAACUUUCUUCCCGUUUGGCUGCAAGAAGCCGGGUACAACACAUACUAUACCGGGAAGUUGUUCAAUGCGCAUACGGUUUCUAAUUACGACAAGCCCCAUGUAGCUGGCUUUACCGGAUCGGACUUUUUGCUUGAUCCGUUUACUUAUGACUAUCUCAACUCUACCUACCAGCGGAACCACGAUCCUCCGGUUAGUUACGAAGGUCGGCACACAACCGAAGUGAUCACGGAAAAGGCAUUAGGCCUGCUGGAAGAUGCUCUUGAGGGAGAGAAGCCGUUCUUCCUGGCGGUCUCGCCAAUUGCACCGCAUACAAACGUGAAUUCGUCGACGUUUGGCGGAGCGGCAAUGACAGAGGCAAUCCCGCUUGACAGGCAUAAGGAUCUAUUUCCAGAUGCCAAGGUGCCACGCACUGGAAGCUUCAACCCGGACGAGCCAAGUGGGGUCAGCUGGAUUCGCGACCUGCCUCUGCAGGGCCAGUCGGUCAUUGAUUACAACGAUCAUUUCUAUCGUCAACGCCUGCGUUCUCUACAGGGAGUGGACGAGCUGGUCGAGUCGCUGGUCACCCGUCUUGAAGAGAGUAACCAACUCGACAACACCUACAUCAUCUACACGUCCGACAACGGUUUCCAUAUCGGUCAGCACCGCCUGCCGCCGGGAAAGUCGACUGGGUUCGAUGAGGACAUCCGUGUUCCUUUCUUCAUCCGCGGACCUGGUGUUCCAGAAGGAGUGGUGCAAGACGCAGUUACCACUCAUAUCGAUCUAGCGCCGACGUUCUUCGACCUAGCUGGCAUUCCAUUGCGCAAGGACUUUGAUGGAGCCCCGAUGCCCGUUCACAAUUCAAUUGAAACUACGCAUGAGCAUGUCACUGUGGAAUACUGGGGCAAGGCGUUUUUGGAGGGAGAGAAGGGCGGACUUGGUCCCGGCGGCCAAUUCAACGUUUCCCAUAACACCUACAAGUCCGUGCGGAUUAUCGGUGACGGAUAUGACCUGUACUACUCUGUUUUCUGCACUAAUGAGCAUGAAUUAUAUGACUUGACGACUGACCCUUACGAAAUGAACAAUUUAUAUUCGGACGAUCGCUCGCAACAUAUCCUCGGAUACCCACUGGAGCAUGUUGUGUCUCGACUCGACUCGCUCUUACUUGUUCUCAAAUCAUGCGAAGGUCGCAAUUGCGUCAAACCAUGGAGCGUCCUCCACCCCGACGGUUCUGUCCAGAACCUACGUGCCGCCCUCGAACCCCAAUACAACACUCUCUAUCAAGCAAUACCAAACGUCGCCUUCGACCGAUGCGAAAACGGCUACAUCGUCGAUGCGGAGGGACCACAAGCGGACUUGCUUUACCGCGAUGGCUUGAGCUGGGAAUCGUGGACCUAA